AUGUUUAACCAGCUGAGAAAAGAAAUCAAGAGCAGAGACUGGGAUCUCAAACAAUUUGAUCCCUCUUUUGCGGAAAAAAGCUGCAACGUCGCCCAGGCGGCCCAGUCCGCACUAAACAGGUGGUGGACGACGACUCCGGAGUACACGGGCGUGGACAGAAACAAAAAACUCGGCUCGCUUUUCAAAGUCAACCAGAACAUUAAAAGGUUUUUUCAAAAGCGCUUCGAUGACAAUAUGAAGCUGCAGUCUCAGAAAGCAGACCAGCAAGAGCCGCCACGGUGGCCAGAUGUCGGCUUAAUUAUAAGCGACCGCUUCAUCCCUCCUAAUGACACAGGAGCGACCGUCUACCGCUCAAGUUCUGCUGCCACUCCUGGCGUCACGGACGCAAAGGCCACACAAGAGGACUCUCAUGCAGCCGAAGACGUGAGCGAAGAUGAAGACGACAACUCGUAG